AUGGGAACAAGGUAUGCUGGUGGACGUGAUGGGCGUAACCAACGCGGUACAGCGUAUAACGCUAACGGUAGGCAGUCCAGGCCUGUUCAACGCCUAUCGUUCCGACGUGAAAAUAGCAGUGAUCCAGAUGCCAAUCUAUCUUCUUUUUACAGAGAUCGCUUUGGUAGUCACUCUCCGGAAGAAUAUAUGAAUCUUCGCUUUUCGCAUUUUGACAACAAGAUUACGAAGGACGAAAUUAAAGAUAUUCUGGAGCGUGAAUUCCGUCGAUAUGCUCCAUUUGAGAUAAAAAUAGUGCGCAACCCUGGCGAUGAGCAACGUCUUGCUUACGUAAAUUUUGAACGCCCAGAGGCGGCGCGAACAAUUCGGCAUACGAUGUUACCAAGGUUGCAGAAAUUACUUGGAAAGCGACUUCAUCUCGAUCCCGCAGGCAUUAUCAGAGAUCAAGAAGGAAAGUAUAUUCCCGAUCGAUAUAAUCGAGCACUGCAAGCUGAACGGGAGCGUGAACGAAAGGAUCCCCUAAGAAGAAAAUCUCCCAACAGACGUCGUGAGGAGGGAGGAACAUGGAAUUUGAAAGAAGAUGACAAUGAUGCAACAAGAACACUUUUUGUGGGAAAUAUGCCAGCUGAUAUACGGGAGUCAGAAAUUCGUCGUGUUUUUGAAAAGUAUGGAAAAGUUGAAGAUGUUGAUAUCAAAACACCUCCAGAAACUAAUGCUGCAUAUGCUUUCGUACUUUUCCAGACUUUGGAACAGUCCAUGAAUGCAAAAGCCAAUGAACAUGACCGUCCAAUACGGCCAGGAACAACUCGUUGUAAAAUCGGAUAUGGGAAAUCACAGCCAUCAAAUCGUUUAUGGAUUGGUGGACUAGGACCGUGGACAUCUGCAGAAUAUUUGGCUAAGGAAUUUGAUCGAUAUGGGCUUAUUGAUCGGCUGGACUAUGAAGAAGGCGCUGACUUCGCGUAUAUACGGUUUACUGAUCAGAAUGCAGCAAUGGAUGCUUGUCGUGCCAUGAAAGGUUUUCCACUGGGUGGUAGAGAUAGAUGCAUCAUCGUUGACUUUGCCAAAGAUGACCAAAAAGAAGAUCGUAAAAGACGACGAAGCAUGUCUGCCGGGUCGAGAAAGCGCAACAAGGGUCCACGUACGCCACCUGAAAGUCCAAGUACACCAUCUGAUGGUGAAAUCGACACUAUUGAUGAGCUAGAACGAAGAAUUGCGCCAACGUGGCAAGGUUUCAUUAUCCUGAAAAAAACUGAGUACGCGAUUCGUUUGCAUCGUAUCUCUGGAACAGAACAUUUGCUUCAGAAAUUACUUCGUGAUCCGACAGAUGGUAGUGCACUGAGACUGCACAUUACUCAACGGUUGCCACUGAUUAGUCAGGAGGCACUUGAGGAGCGGUUAAUUCAUUCAUCAAAGAAACAACUUAGCUUAAUGGUUGCUGUAGCGUGUGAUAAACCUAUUCGGCCACUGGUUAAUUAUCUUUCCGAGAAAGAUGCUGCCGGUGUUGUAACUGUACCCAGCGGUGUAUUAUAUGUUUUUGCUGCUAGUAAUAUGGCUGAUCGAUUAAUUCAGGCUUGCGCACGCAACAUAACUUUAUUGACACCUGAAUGUGGUCAUCUGUUAUUUGCAUUGGCCCUAAAGGCCUCCCCUGAUACUCCUAAUGGGGGGUAA